UCUAGUUAAUAUAAAUUAAAAUUGAGUAUAUUAUACAUCAAAGUCAAUAGUCUCUAUAUUCACAAAUCACGAUCACAGGUAAGCACAUCUUCAUCGCAUUCAAUCUCAAGAGUCAAAGACCAAUCUCUCUAUAUAUAUAUAAUUGUUAAUACCAUAUCUUCAUUAAUAAAAUAGAAAGAGUAAAGGCCAAGUAACACCAUUUUUGAAAACCUCCUCGUUUUCAAUUCAGGAAAACGAAGGCGAAUAGAGAGCUUCUUCAAUGGCGAAAUUUUCUUUCUUCUCUUCCUCAUCUCCUAAAUAUACUCCUUCUUCUCCUUCUUCAUUCACUUCUUUCCCUGCUUCUCCUCUGAACCAGACUUUUACUCAGUCUAUGGUUGAGGAAACCAUGGAGAAAGCGGAAUCUGUCAUCAGAAAAUGGGACCCGCAUACGCCUUCCUUCACCAAGAUCGUCUCUCUGUUCAACCAUAGCAGAAGAGAGGCCAAAGAGUUCAUCAGAUGUGUCCGCGAUUUGCGCAGAGCGAUGCAUUUUCUUGUCUCUGAAGACUCUCAAUCCCCAAAGCUUGCUCUUGCACAGACCCUGAUGCAGAUCGCCAUGGCGAGACUUGAAAAAGAGUUCUUCCAGAUAUUAUCUUCAAAUAGAGACAAGCUUGAUCCCGAAUCAGUUUCCGGUCAAUCCUCAACCUCCAGCAAUUCUGAAUUUGAAGAUUUUAUGGGAUCUGACGACGACUAUGACAGUGACAAUGAGUUGAGGAAAGCUGGUGAAUCGAUCACUAAGGUAGAGAAAGCUGCAGCUGUGGUGAUGUCUGACCUAAAGGCGAUAGCCGAGAGUAUGAUCAGUUGUGGAUAUGGUAAAGAGUGCGUAAAGAUUUAUAAGCGGAUCAGAAAAUCGAUCGUAGAUGAAGGACUGAGCUUGCUCGGGAUCGAAAUCUACAAAGGCUCCAGAUUUCACAAAAUGGACUGGGUCACCCUCGAGCAUAUGAUCAAGAACUGGAUAAAAGCUGCAAAGAUUGGCAUUGCCACACUCUUCCGUGGAGAAAAGCUUCUUUGUGAUCAUGUCUUUUCUGCCUCUAAUUCAACAAGAGAGUCGUGCUUUUACGAGAUUGCAAACGAAGCAGCCACUAACCUUUUCAAGUUCCCUGAAUUUGUUGCCAAGGAGAAAAAAUCCCAUGAGAGGAUCUUCCCGCUAAUGGAUCUACAGGCUGCAAUCUCUGAUCUCUGGCAAGACAUAGAGAUGAUAUUCCACUUCGAUGCAGUAGCUGGUGUGAAAUCUCAGGCACUCACAACGCUGCAAAAACUAAAGGUCUCAAUACACAAUGCUCUCACGGAAUUUGAAUCAACCAUUCAGAAGGAUUCCACGAAAGCCCUUACAACUGGAGGAGGGGUUCAUAAACUGACACGAUCAACAAUGAGCUUCAUCUCUUCCCUUUCUAAAUACAGCUGUGUAUUGUCUGAAAUCCUUGCAGACCAUCCAAUCCAGAGAGACACCCGCCUGCUAGAAUCUUAUGUCAGAACUCCAAUUUCGGAAGAUGAACAACAAAAUCACGCACUCUCGGUCCAUUUUGCUUGGCUCAUCCUGGCUUUGCUAUGCAAACUAGACACCAAAGCAGAACAUUACAAGGAUGUUUCUCUGUCUUACCUUUUCCUUGCUAACAACCUUCAGCUCAUCAUUGAAACGGUUCGUUCAACUCAACUGAGGGAUCUCCUUGGAGAUGACUGGCUCACUAACCAUGAUGAUAAACUCAGCGCCUAUGCUGGGAAUUAUGAGAUAGCAGCAUGGUCCAAUGUUUUCAUGUCUUUACCAGAAGAACCCACAGACCUAUCACCAGAGGAGGCCAAAAUAUAUUUCAGAAGAUUUCACACGGCAUUUGAAGAAGCAUAUAUGAAACAAUCAUCACGAGUUGUACCAGAUGCAAAACUUAGGGACGAACUGAAGGUUUCGAUAGCAAAGAAACUUGUACCAGAAUACAGAGAGUUUUACAGGAAGUACUUACCAAUGCUCGGCCAGGAGAGAAAUACUGAGAUCCUGGUGAGGUUCAAGCCAGAUAAUUUGGAGAAUUACAUCUCCGAUCUAUUCCACGGAACACCAAUUCAUGCAUCUUCUUCUUUUUCUUCGUCUUCGUCUUCUUCGUCCUGGAAAUCACUUGGAUGUGUUUCAGGCUGAGACUCGAUCGAUGGUUUUGGCUGAAUGCUCCAUUCUACAUAAUGUGAAAUAUAAAAAAAUGUACGGUUACUUGUGUUUGCAUUGUGUGUACAACAGAAAAUGAGAACGUAAAACAAUAUUGGGA